CUACUCUGAUUAAGUUUAGUUCAAAUGUAACGGGCCGAAGGCCCGAAGUCCGCACUUCGACAGCGAUUUCAGGUCAAAAUCAACAAGGCCUGUUUCUCAUUCAGUAUCUGGAUUUUCCAGAAACAUCGGACUGAAUUUUGUUGAGUUUUCUUCUCCAAGUGCCCUCGUACUGCAAAUUCAAACCAUGGCUCUAUGGAUGGAGGCUGGUUCGGAGCCCAAAACCAACGAAGAAAUUGUUGACCUUGAGGCUAUAGCUGCUCUCAAAGAAUCUGCUGCUAUCGAACUCAAGGAAAAGGGAAAUGAGUAUGUAAAAAUGGGGAAGAAGCACUAUUCUGACGCCAUUGAUUGCUACACAAGGGCCAUUAACCAGAAGGCCUUAAGCAAUUCAGAGAGCUCCAUUCUUUAUUCCAAUAGGGCCCACGUCAAUCUGCUCUUGGGAAAUUACAGACGGGCUCUGCAGGAUGCUGAGGAGGCCAUCAGACUUUCUCCAACAAAUGUUAAGGCUCUUUACAGGGCCGUCAAAGCAGCAUUGUCACUCAAUCUGAUGGAUGAAGCAAAAUCGUAUUGUGACAAAGGCCUUCAGCAGUCUCCAGACAAUGAAGAACUGAAGAAGUUAGCUAAGCAAAUAGAUGUAAAAUUAUCAGAACAACAACAGCGUGAAGCUGAAGUUUCCAAGGCCGUGGCAGCAGCUAAGGAUCUUGUCUCUGCCUUUGAGGAUAGACGGAUAACAUUUGGGAAGGCAAUGUAUCAGGAGCUCACUGGAAUUAAAAAACCAAUGCUAGACAAAAACAAAAUUCUUCAUUGGCCUGUUCUCCUUCUUUAUGCAGAGGUUAUGUCCAGUGACAUCAUUGAGGAUUUCUGUGAGAUGGACAUGUUUUCAGGUCAUCUUGAUAUGAUGUUCUCAGAGAGUAGUCCGCCAUUGCCGUGGGAUACAAAAAAUGCAUAUACUCGUGAUGCUAUUGAGUUGUACUAUGAGGCUGAUUCUGGAGUUUGUUUGUCCAAGAAAGAAAUUCUUUCUUAUCUCUUAGAAGGGACAGCUGCUUCUCAUCUGGAAAAGUUUGGUGUUGAAGAAACUGAUGCUGCUCAUAGUUCUGUUUCAAGCGGUAAUGGUCCCAAAUGGAUCCGGGUGAAUGAGAAGAGAACACUUCAUGACAUCCUGAAAAGUCCGAAUAUCAUCAUACCUGGAAUUCCCGUGUUCUUUGUUGUUUCGAAAAAGUCCAACUUCUACAACGAUUUUAAGCACGGAAAUUGGGCUCCGCCUCAAUAAAGAUGGUGAUCCUUCAACUCUGGUGCUGGUUGUGAUGGCGCGUUUUUACAUCGUUCAUAGAAGAAUUAAAAAACUCAUUGUGUAUAUGUUCAACUGAAAACUGGAUAACUGAUCCCAUGGAAGUUUUGACUAAUCUUCAUCACAUCAUCUUCUCUUUCUA